GUAAACAAACCACAGAAAAUAAAUUCUGAAAUUAAUUUUCAGAAAUUUAAGGAAUUUAAUCGUAAAAAGAAGGAAAAAUUGUGAAAUCAGUUAAAAUGAGCGAGAACAAUGAUUUAAUUGCAGCAAUUGAGGCACAAGACAUUGAAAAAAUUAAGAAACUUGCUCAAGCUGAAGAAAAUUCUAUGUUAAAACGUACGUGGCUUCAUUCACAUGAGAUCUCUGCUGCCAUAAAGACAGCCAAUGUGAAAGUUAUCAAAACUUUAGUGGAUAUCUGGACCUCGGAAUCGGAAUAUUGGAACUCCCAGUUCAGAAGUUGUUGUGAAUCGUAUUCGGACGAAGCAUUAGUUUGCUUACUUAAGACGGAAUUUGCAUCUGACGAGGAAAAAGUAUCAGUUCUUGAAUACUUGUUGCCUCAUUUUUAUGCGAAAAGUCCGCAAAAGCGCAAAAAUCUCAGUGUUGAUUUGAUGUUUGAUUUUAUUUGUCAGUGCUGGUUGUUUUGUCCUCUAUUCGAAAAUUACUUCCUGCAAAAAUACUAUUUUUCGGAAGAACGCAACAGCUUGUAUCCACUCAUCAAGGCGUUGCAAGACCUCAAUGUCGAUGAAAAUCAUGCUGUUUCGAUUCUCUUGCACAGUGACAUUAUUUAUUUGGAUGGAAUAUACUUUUACGCCAGUUUAAUGGAGUUGGCUUUUAAGGUUUUUGUAAAAUUAAUUCUCGGAACUAAUGAAAUGAUGAAAUUGGCGAUUGAAAUUUUGAAAGUCCUGUUGGAAAAGGAUAUCUAUGAAGCGUUUGAAACGAUCACAGAUGAUUUGUGGUACAUCCCGGAUGAAGAGAUUGAAGAAGAAACCGAUCCGGUGUCGCCUUUCUUGCUACAACGCGCAUUUCAAUUCGUCUACUGCACUUUUAAUUCACAAAAUUUUUGGAAGUUGAAUUCUCUCAUGAAAGGUUGGUUCGAAUUGUGUUGUAAAAAUAGGAAAGUGUCUUAUCUAACAUGCCAAGCUUUCAUUCCGUUCGUUAUCAGCAUCCCAAGUCUUGAACUAGACAUUCGUGAAUUGAUCUUGGAACACGGUUUCGAGAAAAUUUUACGAUUAUUUCCACAACGUCACGAAGGAUUCCAAACUUUGAGCCGCAUUUGUCAAAACAUGGUUAAAGAAAUCGUUGUUGAAGCAGCGAAUCAUCAACCACAUGAAGUCAUCAAACGCGUGUGGUCAUUGCCGUUGCCCGAAACUGUCAAGUGCGAAAUGUUGCACCUUCCAGAUGCCAGUUGGAUGAAUGAUUUGCCUGAUUUUGAUUAAUUAAGGAAUUAAUUUUGUACUUUUUUGGAAUUAUUUAAUAAAUUAUGAC